CGCUAGUAGGCAGUAGCGGUCUAUGCUUCUUCUACUUAUAGGAUGUCUAUGCUUUGAACAACAACUGCUAAACUACGUUUUUUUAACCGCGUCGAUUGCGUCAUCAUUAAGUGGCUCUCGCAAGCGGGUUAUUUGAAAAGGUAGCAUUUCUCUACUUGUGCAAGUACGAUCAUAUCAAAAUAUUGUUUAUUAGUCAUAACAAGAUUACUGUAUUAUUUUAAUAAUAAGGCCGUGUUACUGUUUUAUUUGAUGGACGCUCAAUACAGUUCCAUUCAAAGCGUGACGAGGCAACUGUGGAUUUGUAACGUUAGCUAGUAGCACCUUUGCUAGUCGGGGAAAACUAAGUUCGUGAACUUACUAAAAUGUGAAAAUUACGUUAUCACUUGGAACGUUUAAUUACAAAAAUGACCUACGGGAGUCCAUGAAUGUGUGUUUUUUACGAUAGCAUCGUUUCACCGACUUCAGACAUUAGUUAGCCAACGAGCUAACGUGAGCUGGCUUUGAUAACGGCGAAAGCAACUUUGAUGAUGGAUGAUACCUCGUCUACUUCCACUGGUCUUCCUCCUUCAUCUUUCUUGAAGAGGACAUUGGAACAUUUAUCGUCAAGGCAAUAUGUGAAACUGCCUGAGCAGAUAGAUAAGGCUGAUAGUGUUGCUGUCGUCUCACUCCAGCGCUACUUGUCUGAUCAAAGCGAAGGACAUCCGGGUAAUAACUACAGCUAUGACGUAACCAUCACCGACGGAGUGUGGCGGGCUAAAUGCUUUCUUCACCCCAGUUUAAAUCACUUGGUGCACACUAACACCCUGAGGACAGGCUCGGACAUCAUCAUCACGCAGUGCUCGUUUGUGUACAACGAGAGGAGACUGGGGCACGGCUACAUCAGCAUUGAAAAGGUGAGCUGUGGCUCAGGCAGGUCUGCACUCCUGUCUAUUAUUCGGGAUGUAUACACGCUGCCAAUGCUGGUCAAAGGCGGCAUGGAGCAGAGCACCUUGCUCCAAAGCGACGUCCCUCUCCAGGUGACUCGCAAACAUUACCUGUCUGUGUGGAAUGAUGAGGAUCCAGAGGGGAGCAUGUGGACCGUGGUGCCCCCUUCACCUGACCUUGUACUGGAUGUGUCCAAGAUCUCUCUUCUUCAUAGCCUUGAGUCAUCUUUCAGAAGCUCAUAUACGCACCUCCCUCUCCUUGUGAGGAUAUUGCAUAAAUCCAGAUUGAGGUAUUACGGCAAGAUGGGGUCCAAGAUAGAUUUUCCCUACCAGGCAUACUUUGAAGUUGCUGACCAGAGUGGCACAAUGUCUCUUGUGCUUUGGAAUGAACUCUGUCCACAGUUUUACCUCUCGCUCAAUGUCGGAACGGUGUUGUACCUCCAAUAUUACUCCCUUAAGCAGAGUUAUUUAAAACGCUCGCGCCCACAAAUGGACCAUUACGGAAUUAAGGAAUUUACCUCAAUUGAAAUCUCCCUGAACUUUCGCAAUCCAGCUUCAGUCAUCACUGUAGUGCCACCGAAGAAAGUUCAACCUCAGUGGUCAUUGCCUGAUGUGUCUUAUCGUUUCACCACAAGAUUAAACCUUGGGAGGUUUUCCAACAACUCAGUGUGUGACAUCAUCGGUUUGGUCACUUUUGUAGGUCGUGUUGAAAGAAUAAAGUGUAAAAGCAAGAAUGAGAAGUACUGGACGUUCCGCUGGGUCCACAUGGUCGAUGGAACAUCAGAGCAGCCUUUUAUCCUGGAGAUUUUUUCCUCUUCUCAACCUGAAAUCUUUGUAAAUAUAAGCCCAAUGACCUACCUAGUGUGCACUCAGAUGCGAGUAUGUCAGGUGGAUGGCUUGUUGCCCUAUCUCACCACUAGCUGUGAGACAGAGCUGUUCAUUACUGGCUACCACAAAGGUCAACCAUAUGUAAAUGAGCCUACUGUAAAUAACUUUAUCCAGUGGACUAAGACUCAGAAGGACAACGUGAUUCUCCAGAAGACAGCUGUUGGUGGCUAUUACUCUUACCCUCAUGCCCCGCAAAAAUUCACCCAGUCUGUGGCGGAGACAUCAGAGCAAGUUCCACUUGUGUCUGUGUCCGACUUGAAGAAAGUGUUGGCGACCCUGCAUUAUAGAGAGCAUACAAAAGUUGCUAUUCAAGGUCAAAUCACAGCUGUAAGAUUUGUGGAAAAGUCAAGCACGACAAAAGCACAAGCCCCUGGAGAGAACGAGAUGCCCAUUGUUUCCUCAGCUGGACAAACAUUAUUGGAUGUACAAGAGAAAUCCUCGUCUGGAUCAAAAUCAGUGGAACAAUUAACUCCCAGAAAAAGAAAAAGGAUAAUACCAAUAAGGGCAGUCCUACAAGAAAAUAAAGAAGUAGGAGAGCCAGAAGAAGAAGGAGAGUCCCCAUCAGGGGAACCGAGCGCGCAUCCCCAAAUUGAAGGCUGCCAUGUCUUAUCCUGGGAGAGCAGCGGGUGGUCGAGGCAACUCCAAGAAGUCUCUGAACAUCUAUGUCACGAAGUUCUUUAUCAGAACAGUAUUUCUCGGAGGUUCACCUUUGAAGAGAAAAACUCUCUCCUGAGUUGGAGCAACCUUCACCCCAUGCAGUGGACACCCGAGCAAUCAGCCAACACUGUCCCCUCUGCUGUUGAACUAGGAUACUACAAAGUAACCAUACUAGGCAUAAACAAGAUGAUGGCUGUUGACGCCGCCUUUUUACCAGUUGUGUGCUCUAGCGAGCAAAGAGCUGUAGGUCUUCCUUACGCUCGCCAUGACAACACCAUGAUGUCUUGUCUCUCCUCUGGAUUCGUCUGUCCUCUCAGCAACAGCAAGGCGACAAGUCCCAGACCAGAGGAGAUCUUGCUGACUGCGAGCGAACUAGAGGACAUGCAUUUGGUGUGUGUCUUGGACAUUUGUCACCUGGGUGGAGAGGAGGUGGAGGUACUCCUUAGCAAAGUGUACAAAGUGACAGAGGUUUUCCUUGUUUAGCUGCUUACAAAUAUAUUAUACAUUAAUUGUUUUGGAUUUAGAUAAUAUUUAGAAACAGAAAAAUACAUUCUGCUUUUUCCAUGCUUUCUAGUACAUUAAUGGUUUGUAAAAAUACAACUAUUCAGUAGUGUAGUGCCUCAAAAAACAUUAAUAAUGUCAUGUCGGAUUAUCACAAAGGACUGUAAAAAAAAAAAAUAGUUAAUCAUUUGGGAAAACAUGUAAACAAGUCAUAAAAUCCAAAGUCAACAAACUUAAAUUUUCCUGCUCAAAAUCACAAUACAUGCUAUAUGUUUAAAUAUAUUUAUUUCCAUAUAAUUCACAAUAUGAAUUAUAAUCCAGGUUGAUUUAUAAACAAUUUAAUAUAACAUAAUUCAUAUCAAGGUCUUUUAGACUGUAAACUUAAUUCUUUUUUUCAUUUAAAAAAUAUUUUUAAAGCUUAUUUCAAUGGUAAAUACAUGAGGGGAAAAAGCACAUACAAGCGACUGUGCAACACCAACACAAAGUCUCACCUCCUCUAAUAAGACACUUCAUUAUCUCUUACAAAAUUACUUUAAUAUUGAAAUCAUGUAACGUACACAUGUAAUGUAUGAGAUAUACAAAAUAAAACAAUAUGUAAUCUAG